AAAGUAGCCAAUUCGAUGGUCGAAGUAGCCAAAAAAAACAUUCGAAAUUCAAAGUAUCAAUAAAUCACAACCCAAACUGUGACAUGAGCCACUCACAAUGGCUCAGGUCUCACACCUUUAUACCAUGCAGUAUAUGCAGCAGUUAGAAAUGAAACAAUAUGAAAAAAAGAACACUACACAUUCUUCUUUCGUUAUUAAGUGUAUCAUUGCAAAUUAAACAAAGCCUCUGUUGAUCUGAAAUGUCUGCUGAAAAAUGAAAAAAAGAGAUACUAGACAUUAGUGUGAAUGAACUUUUUUUUGUGGCAACUCCCCUUUUUUUUUACUUUUUUUGCAAUAUCCUGUUUGUAACAUCACACAUCCCUUUGUCGUAGAGCUGCUAGUAGCAGAGUUUCACACAGCUGGCAGCAGGGUAACUAGUAUAGAUGUCAAAUGCCGGCUAGCUCUGCUAACUAUCAUCAUUAAGUAAUACAUUCUCAGAAAUGGAAUCCUCGAUGCAGGCCUCCUUCUCCUGAUUUUCCUGGCGAACCCAACAUUACAUCAGAGUUCAACAUUCAAGACUUGAAAUGCUUGCUCUGUCUCUGGAUAUGCCAGAUGAAAUAAGCUGCAUUUUCCACCAAAUAUCAAAAUAACUCUUCAAAUCAUUUCAAUUUUUAAAUGAAUUAAUCCACAUUCUACAAUGAUUAAUAUUAACGAAGAAUGCCCUAUCAACCAUGACAUAGAUCAGUAUUUGUUUCCAGUUGCUUAUAUCACUGUAAUCAUAAUAAGUAUCCCAACAAACUGUAUUUCCCUAUAUGUUUCCUGUCUGCAGAUAAAAAAGAAGAAUGAGCUAGGAAUCUAUCUAUUUAACUUGUCCUUUGCAGACCUGCUAUAUACUCUGGUUCUACCUGUUUGGGUUUAUUAUAGUCUCAAUCAUAAUAACUGGAUGCUUUCAGAACAUGUCUGCUCUCUGGUCGCUUUUCUCUUGCACAGUAACUUAUACAGCAGCGCUGGAUUCCUUACAUGCAUCUCACUGGACCGAUAUUUUGCUGUCGUCCAUCCUUUAAAUUUCAGCCAAAUACGAACCAGAAGAACAGCAAUUAUUGUCAGCGUUGUUGUUUGGCUAAUACAGCAUUUAUCAAACGCUAUUAUUCUAACAAAAAAUGAGCUCUUCAAUAGCACAGGUGACCUUACAUGUUAUGAUGUCUUCCCAAUGGAACAAUGGAAGUCUACUUUUAAUAUCAUCCAUAUAUGUAUUGGCCAUUUGCUUCCCCUCUGUAUUAUGGUGCUUUGUUACCAGAGGAUAUUUGCGGCGGUUAAAAAGAAUCAGGCCACUGGUGAUAGAGACAAACAGAAAAUCAAGCAACUGCUCCUCACGAUCAUAGUGUCAUUCGUCAUCAGUUUUACUCCAUAUCAUGUUGUGUUGUUUAUAAGGAGUGUUGGGGAACCAAAGAACUGCACGUUUGCUAAAAACAUGUUUGUACCUUACAAAUUAACUCUGGCACUUACAAGCAUUAACUGUAUAGCGGACCCUUUCCUGUACUGCUUUGUCAGUGAAGCUGGAAGGGCAGAUGUUCGGACAAUACUACAUUGCCGUGGCAAGCAAACUGAGCCAUCAGAAAAAUCUAUCUUCAUGAUGACUGCAAUAAUUCCAACUUCCGACCAGGAGAAUGUGUGAAGUGUCAUUUUGUAUAGGAGAAGGCUGAACACACAGCAUUACUUUAGAACAUGUAUAUGUUGAAAGUUGCCUAAACCAUCAAUGUACGUGAAUAAUAAAUGUUAGAUUAUCUGU